AUGGAAAGGCCAAUCUUUCAACCCGUUGGCACUCGCGAAGAAGAACUGGACACCCCUGCCCUCGUAGUGGACCUGGAUGUAAUGGAGCAAAAUAUCGAUACGGUGCACGGGUUUUUCCGAAGAGUAGGGCCUGAUGGGGCGACACUGGAGACGGAAGCUCUAGUCAGGCCGCAUGUAUCCUGCCAUGGUUGCCCGGAGGUAGCCCAGCGCCAGGUGUCGGCAGAUGAAGGCUUGUUGGAUGAGCCGUCCAGUUGCACCGGUGGAAUAGCAGUCAGUUCAUUGGGAGAGGCAGAGGUAUUCGCGGGAACGGGAUUCAACGACAUUCUAAUCGCCGGGCGGGUGGUAACCGUGCCCAAGAUUCGUCGCCUGCUGGCCUUGGCGCGGGACAACUGGAUUUUUUUGGCAGUUGAUAGCUUGCGCAAUGUACAGGAACUGUCGGACGCGGCUGUAGCCGAAGAUGCCAUCCUGGGUAUCUUAAUUGACCUGGAUGCUGGAUACGGAUAUGGGGGGGUGGCGCCCGGCCCUGAUGCGGUGGCCUUGGCUCGAUCUGUUGAUGCGGCGCCUGGCCUGGCGAUCAUGGGAAUCACGGCUAACGAGGGACCGCUGCCCUUCUCCGACCGUACCGAAUUAGAGGCGGAAACCCGCCGACGCUUGCAGGCUGUGGUAGACACCCGAGAACUAAUGGAAAGAGAGGGCUUUGAGGUUCCACUAGUAAGUGUUGGCAACACCUUUGAUUACGAUGUGGUUGCAACCAUUCCCGGCAUAAACGAAGUGCAGGCUGGCACGUAUGCCUUGAUGGAUAUGGAAACCUUGGGUGUGCGCACCGAACUGCAACCCGCUGCCAAGGUUCUGGCGACGGUAAUCAGCCAUCCGGUGGGCGGCAGGGCGGUGGUGGACGCCGGACACAAGACCAUGGGCCCCGAUUUUGGUGUGCCGACGCUGGAGGGCAUCCCCGGGGCUGUGGCGACGAGAUUCAGCGCGGAGCACGGCAUUCUGGAACUGGAUGGAGAUGCCACGGAGCGCUUGAUGCCCAACGACAAGGUGCGUCUCAUACCCCAUAACUUGUCUCUUUGCUUUAAUCAGUUCGAUUACGUCCGCGCGGUACGGGAUGGGAAGCUUGUUGGGUACUGGCCCAUAUCGGCGCGGGGGCAGUUGGGUUAA